ACAGCAUUAAAUUAGUAAAAAAUAAAAGAGAAGAAAAAGCUAAACCACCACACAACCGCAGUGUGGCAAUGAGCACUCGGCACACACACUCUCCCAAAACCCCAACCACGAUGCUAGACCGCGCCCUCUCCGCUCGCCGCCCUGCUUCCCACUCCGAUUCCGACUUCCCCACCGACGCCUCCUCUGCUGACCCCGAAUCCCACUCGGGCGCCGCCGACGAAUCCAAGACCAAGAGGCCCAACCUCGCGCUGUUAAUCACCAAGUACCUAUCCCGUUUAGGCCACCCGCAGCUCUGUAUUCCAUGUCCAUUUCUCGUUCCCCUUCUCUGCCUCCUUGUUUCCUUCAUUUUGCUUUUCUCAUUGACGCUCAAGUCUCGCUCGCUCGUUUGUGUCUCCUCCUAUGAUCCGAUCUCCAGAGCCGGCUUCUUCGGGUUUGAUGGAUUGGAUUUGGAUUUCGGAGCCCUCGGCGUCCCUUGGUGCAGAUCGAAACAAGGAAAAACUGUUGAAUGGACAUCCAAAGAUCUAAUCAAGGGUUUGGAGGAAUUUGUUCCUAUAUAUGAAACACGUCCAAUAAAAAACAACAUGUAUGGGAUGGGUUUUGAUCAUAGCUUUGGGCUUUGGUUCAUUACACGGUGGCUUCAACCAGAUUUGAUGAUUGAGAGUGGUGCUUUCAAGGGACAUUCAACUUGGGUUCUGCGGCAAGCAAUGCCUGACAAACCAAUCAUCUCGGUAACACCCCGUCACCCUGAGAAAUACCUAAAAAAGGGGCCUGCUUAUGUUGAUGCAAAUUGCACGUACUUUGCUGGAAAGGAUUUUGUGGAUUUUGGAAAUAUUGAUUGGCAGAAGGUGCUGAAGAGACAUGGUAUUUCUGAUCCAACCAGAGUUCUUGUUUUCUUUGAUGACCAUCAAAGUGAAUUGAAAAGGGUCAAGCAGGCAGUUAAGGCUGGCUUCCAUCAUCUUGUUUUUGAAGAUAACUACGAUACUGGAACUGGAGAUCAUUAUUCAUUGAGGCAGAUAUGUGAUCAGUUCUAUAUAAGAGGAGGUGGCCAUAGCUGCUUCAGGGAUAGUGAUGAAGCCAGGAUCAGGUCAAAGAGGAAGAAAUUCUGGGCAAAGGCAGUGGAUGUAGACGAACUUUGUGGGCCCAACGAAGCAUGGUGGGGUGUUAGAGGGGAGAUGCUGGAUGAUUUUAACAAGAAUCAUACCCCAAUCUCUUAUGCUGAUCACUUUGCAAACAGCCGGUUUAUUGAAUCAGUUCUUGAUCUGUACUGGGAACUACCACCAGUAGCUGGUCCUUCACUUACUCACCAAACACGAUAUGAUCCUGCUCGCACUCCUAUUCCUAUUGUUGAAGAUGGGCGUUAUGGCGUAUUUCAGCGGCUUGGUUUAGGCAGACUUGAAACUUCUGUAUUUAAUGGAUAUACCCAGAUGGUAUAUAUUCAAAUCUCAAAACCAGGAAAAUCAGUGUCUUAAAAUAUUUACGAUUUGAGUUUUACACUAGACUAGACUAGGUGGAACUUGUGUUAAUAAUUUUUUCCUUUUACCUCUUAGCAGUCCAGAUUAUGUACCUGUUAGUUAUUUGAAGUCUUAUGUUCAUUUUUCCUGAAUGAAUCCUCGUAUUCCUUUCCUGUGUAACACAUUUUAAAAGGUCUAAUUCAGUGCCAUCUAGAUCCCUCCGGGGUGUUUUGGAAUG